GUAAAGUUUACCUCUCACCCAGGCUUUGACUUCAGGGCUCAGUGGCGUGGGCUGAGCGACUUGUAAAGGGGCGGGACAGGUGAUGAAGUAACAAACAGAGGGUAUAAAUUCUUUAGUAUGUGUGCGUUUGGCCAUGAGGACAGUAGAAACUGAAAAAUUCGUGGUUUCUGCUAGCUUAUCUUUGUUUCUAAGGGUGUCCGAGCUAGCAUCAGCUAACACUCAGGUUUUCAAACUCCAAACUGCCAAGGACACUUUUCCGAAAAAAGAGAGGUGCUGAGCAAUGAGCGCACCCUGACCAGUUUUUCCCUUUCUUUUUUUCUUUCCUCUGGCAUUUUUAGAUAAACUUUCAGCAGCAAAGGAGCCUGAAUCACUUUUUGAACUUUUUAUAGUUAGUAAAACUUGUUUUUUUUGCUAGUUCGCCAUGGAGAGCCAGAGCAGCAGGGCUGCUACACAGGAGUACCCCAACCCUUUCAUUCAUGAGCUGAAGCUGACCAAGGCGCAGUGGAUCAAGGGCAUAAUCCUGGGCUGCACCCUGCUCCCCAUACGGGUCUUCCUGGCGUGGAUCUUGUUAAUCGCUGCUUGGAUCGUCGCUGUGCCGAGAUUGGCUGGCCUGUCUCAGGAGGAACGCUCCAAACCCUUAUCAGGCUGGCGGCGCUGGUUGUUCCACCCGAUCCUGUGGCUGCUGGGCCGUGCAGUGUUCUUCUGCGUGGGCUUCCAUUGGGUUAAGGUGAAAGGUCGUAAGGCGGAUGUGAAGGAGGCGCCGAUCCUGGUAGUGGCGCCCCACAGCAGCUUCUUGGACAUGGUGAUCAUGUUUCCAGCCGGGGUGCCGUCAGUUGUGUCGCGGUCGGAAAACAUAAACCUGCCGGUCAUAGGAGCUCUGCUGGAGUGCAAUCAGUCUGUUCUUGUGAGCAGGAGGGAUCCUGAGUCCAGGAAAGAAGCCGUCUCAGAGCUAAACAAGAGGGUCACCUCCGAUGGAUCCUGGCCUCAGAUACUGAUGUUUCCUGAAGGAACCACAACUAAUGGCCGCUGUCUGCUCAGAUUCAAGACUGGUGCUUUCGUUCCCGGCGUCCCCGUCCAGCCCGUCGUGUUGCAUUACCCCAACGAGCUGGAUACUAUUCGCUGGACAUACAAAGGAAGCAACUGGUUUCAGGUGCUGUUUCACACGCUUUCACAGCCGUACACCAACAUCACUAUUGAGUUCCUGCCGGUUUACACUCCGUCCGAGGAGGAGAAGAAGAACUCCAGACUGUUUGCAGGCAACGUUCAGAAAGUCAUGGCGAGCGCUCUGGGAGUCCCUGCCUCAGACUACGUGAUGGCAGGCCGGAUUCCAGUCAGUAAGCUGAAUGACCUCUCUGUCCCGCUUGAGUCUCCUGGGAAAGAAGCAAUGACACUUCUAUACAGAAAAGGUCUGGGCCCACGUGAUGUAGAGGCAGCGUUGGACAGGAUGAUUGACAGGAUGAUUGACAGGUGUCGCUCAGGAGCCGAGGGCACAAAGGCCAGCGCAGAGGAGCUCGCCUCCAUUCUCGGGCUUAACAAAAAGACAGCCAUCCACAUCUGCAGCCUCUACUCUAAGGAUGACACUGUGGACCUCAGACACAUCUACUUCAAUAUGGCAGCCCUUAUCGGACAUGUGGACGAGAUCUCUCUGUUUCACUCUGCUUUCGCUGCGUUCGACAGAGAGGGCAGAGGCAGUCUGACUAAAGAGGAGCUGACCGAGCUCAUGGGAGCUCUGCUGGGUGUUCCUCAGCAGAGCACCGAGGAGCUCUACGACACUGCCACCGAGGACCAGGAGCAGCUCACUGAAGAGAGCUUGCUGCUCGUGUUGACAACCCACCCGAUAUAUCAGAAAGUGACAAAGGAGAUCCUGCAGUCCAAGGGACUGCCAUCCGCCAACGGGACGUCUGUGAACAACAACAGAAGCCUCCUGAACAGCUCCGUUAAUGAGGACAAGAAGUCCGAAUGAUGAUCUCCUCUCUGUAAUUGGACCUUCUUUGUGUUUCCCCAGAGUGCACGAUGGCGGGGCCAGAUAGAAACAACAGAAACAGCUAAAGAUUGUAUUUUCAGCUUUUAAGUCUUUUUUUUCCAGCUGUUAUGUUUCAAAAAGUGUUACAUAUCCUAUUAGUCUGCACCGACACAGAAAAGCCAAAAAAAGAACCUCUGAGGUUUAAAGUUAGUCUGAGUGAUGCUGCUGUGGUGCUCAGAGGUGUGAGGACAGCUCCUGUUUGUUUUCAUCCUCAUCGUGUACAGUCACUGUCAUUUGUAUUUAUAACCUUUCCACUCAUAUGUGUUUUAGUGAAUUUUGUGUUGUUAAAGGGAUAACGAUGAUGAUGAUGAUAGUAAUGAUGAUAAUUGCAUGUGCAAAAACAAAGUAUACUCUGGAAGAUUUAUUCUGUGUGAAUGAACCAUGUUUACAUUUAACAAUAAACUGUGAAUUCAUUUA